GUGCGUGGCGUGGUGUGUGUGUGUGUGUGUGUGUGUGUGUGUGUGUGUGUGUGUGUGUGUUGCGUUAUGAGUUGUAACGUAAAACUUGCUCUGUGAGGUGAAGCACGGCCUGGCUGCCUGUGUAUGCCCGCCUGCACUUAGUUUUGAUUAGGUGAUAUGAGACGACCGCCGGCACCUGCGCUAAUAUCUGAAAUAUUAGGGAUGACGAUGUUAUAGGUGUGAGUGAACGUCGUGCGCACCGUGAUCUGGCAACGAAGUGAAUUCUAUGCGCGCGCCUGUGUGUGCCUGUAUGUAUCAAAGCAUCGCUACGACGUGUGGCGUACUGAAUAGCACGUGAAUAUAACAUCUUCAUCAUCGUCAUCAUCAUCGGUGAAUGUGCGCUGCUGCUGCUGCUGCCGCUUCUACUGCUGCUGCUGCUGUCGCUGCUACUGCUGCUGCUGCCGCUGCCGCUGCUGCUGCUGCCGCUGCCGCUGCUAUUGCUGCUGUUAUUGCGUCGGAAACUGUGCUUCCACGUAUUUCUGUGCACGUCUGAGGAUAUUCCGACUAGGUCUUCACGUAUUCUACUCAAUUUCGAUCAGCUUUUUUUGUACGGAUUUAUUCUGCGUAUAUUUUCUUUCUACGCGCGUCUCCGGCGCUUCUCGUUCGUGUGCUGCCGCAGCGAUGACGAUGAUGUGUUACUGUCGCCGCCUCAGCACAGUUCUGCUGCUCGUAUUUGUGUUCGUCUGCUCAUCUCGUCCCGUCGAAGCCGCCAGGGGCAACGAUGACGAUAGCGUCAACGUCUGCCCGCAGGACGUCGACUCGAUAGCGCCGUGCACGUGCUCGCUCGCCGCACCGGAUGCGGAAGCGGAAGCGGGCGUCGACGUCGUCUGCGCGCGUCCGCUGUCGCGCGAGGCUCUCACCGACGUCACGAACUCCCUGGCGUUCCAGAACAUCGUCGCCAACACGUUCCGCAUCGACGUCUACGACGACGUCGCUCUGCCGAGUCCCGCGCUUCACGGGUUGUUCAUCCGGGAACUGCGCGUCGCCAGCGAACGCCUGGAACGCGUCGACGCGACGGCGUUCGCCGACGUCGUCGGCCUGCGCUCGCUGCGACUCGAUCUCGUCUCGCGAGAUCUCGUCAUCGACGCGGCCGCCUUCUGGCGACUGCCGACGCUGCACACGCUUGAGCUGCGCGCGCACAGGGUAGAGAUCGCUCCGGACAUGCUGCGCGGCUCGCCGCUCCUCAAGCACCUGCUCCUUACCCUGCUCGGCGACGCCGCCUCGCUCGACGCGGCCGCCUUCCGCGGGUUCCCGCCGCUCGAGGAGUUUGCGUACAGCGGCGGCGACGUUGGCGAUGUGAGCGAGGCGACGUUCGCCGACCUGCGAUCGCUGCGGAGGUUGAACGUGAGCGGCAGCGGCGUGCGGCGCUUCCACGAAGCACUGCAACACGAGCGAGGUGUCAACAGUAGCUCGCUGCAACUACUACUAACAGAUAACGAGCUGCAGUGUGAUUGCUGCUUGCGAUGGCUGCUAGAGAGAAGCUGGGACGAGGGCAGCGAUCUCGGCCGCUGUGCGUCGCCACCAGCGCUCGCCGGACGCAAUCUCUCCGAUCUGCUGCCAGCAGAACUGCAAUGCGACGGUGGCGACAUCUGCAUUCAAACGCCGCGAACAGAAGAAAGUGUACAGGUGAGUGAGGUGUACAGGGAGGGACACGAGUACACGCAGCCCAGAAGUCUGUACGCGUACGAUAUCGAGGAACCGAUUUGGGGAUUCGCCGAUGGCGGCGAAACGUACACCGGAAGCGACCGUGGCGCCAUCUCUGGCAUCGGCGGUGGUAGAAUCGGAGGCAUCGGCGGUGGCGCCAUCGGUGGCAUCGGCGGUGGUAGAAUCGGAGGCAUCGGCGGUGGCGCCAUCGGUGGCAUCGGAGGUGGCGCCAUCGGUGGCAUCGGAGGUGGCGCCAUAGGUGGCAUCGGCGGUGGAGUGAUUGGCGGUGGCGGCGGCAUCAUCAGAGGCGGUGGCGGCAACGCGCACGGUGGCUACGGAUACUAA